UUUCUCAAAUUCCAGUCUUCAGCAGUACAUAAUGGAUCGCACAAGGAGGUUAAUCGCGUGAGGCUUUUCAUUUCACGAUCUGUCGAGAAGUUCUUUUUGGUCUAAGUAUAUGGCAAUACUAUUUUGAUGUAACGAAUUUUAAACAACUGUGUGGUCUGUCUUGUUUAUGUAGUUACGUAGUUAAUUUUGAAUGAUUUUUCAUGUUUGAAUUCGGCAACAUAUGUUAACUAAUUAUAUCUGAGAAUUUGAAAAUGAAUAAUCCAUUAUCUGGUGUUCGGCAAAAGCAAGUUCUGAAACAGUAUAAUGAAAAUUAUGCCAAAACAAAUGUUUUGAGGGAAAAAAAUGCAUCUUUAGAAAACAUUGAUGAUUUGCUUAUAGUUCAUAAAAUCCAAGAAAAGGAAGAGAAGUAUCAAAAUCUGUCUAAUUCCCAGUUGACAUCUGAUGUCGUUGAUGAGCAGCAGCAGCUUGCUGAGGAAUAUGAAACAAUUGUAAAAAAACAGCUUCAAAUGCUGUUAGCUGAUGAAAGAGGAAAACAAGCUCUUAAUGCAGAAAUAGCUGAAAUAAAGAAAAAACAAAAGAAAAGAGCAGAAGCAUUCAGAGCUCGGAAACAUGCCUUGGAUAUUGAAAAAGAAAGAUCAAGGAGAAUAGCUGCUCUUCCUCCUCCAUUACCACAAUCUGUUAAAGAUUUGUUAAAGAAAUCUGGUUCUGUUCCUUUAAGUGAACAAGAAACGGCUGCUGUUUCCGAAAAAUAUGAAUUAAAAGAUGAUAAGAUUGAUAUCUCUGAAGAUAAAGAAAAUGCUUUAGAUAGUGGAACAAAGGAAUCAAAAAUGAAACUGUCUGAAGAAUUGAAUAAGAAAGCAAAAAUGCGUUUUAAUGAAGCUCUAAAGAAAGAUCGUCAGAAACAGGAAUGUGAAGAAAUUUUGAAAAAUAUUGAGAGUGCAGAGUUGCAAGCUCGACGCCAAAUGGCAAAAAAUGUGACUGAGAAAGGGCAGAAGAUACCAUGCCUUAUUCCAGAUAGAAUGGAAGGUAUUUCUAAGCAACUUGCCAUGGAAACUGCUGUUGAAAACAUAAGCAAGAAAAGCAAAGAACAUGCAAUUGAAGAUUUAGAAGGCUAUGAAGAUGAAUGGGAAAAGAAGUAUGGGAAUUAUUCUGAUAUGGAAUCAAAAAUGAUAGAUUGUAUUCCAAGUUUCAUUAAAGAAAAUUAUUUUUAUUUACUGGAGGAUGAAACUUCUCAUCAGUGUGGAAAACGUUUUACUGGUUUAGAUACUGAAGAUGACUUUCUGAAUAUUGCAUAUAUUGAAGAUUCUCCAACAGAAACAGGAUCAACAAAUGAAUGUGAAGAUAUAAGUACUGUUAUUAGUCACCUUGACAAAAUGAGAAGUGAAUUGAAAACAACUUAUGAGGAGCAAAUAAAACCACUGCUUGAAGCUGAACAAGUUGCUUCUAGGAGAGAAUUAUCAGAUAAAGCUAUAGAAGCAGAUAUUUUGAAAUUACCAGCUGAAGAUAAAGCAGUUGAAAUUGAUGAAAAAAUGACGGAAAAAUUAACUUCAUCAAGAAGCAUUCAAGUAAAUUUGACGAAUGGUGGUGUCAUGGCUUUUAAACGAAGACCCCAUGGAUUCAUAUUUAACAAGAAAAUUGAAGUGAAUGAAAGAGAACAUCGGGAAAAUAAUAUUACACCUGAUUCUUGGUCAUCAUCAUCAAGCUAUUUGUCUUUACCUUCAAAACUGGGACCGGAAAAUAUAUUGGACCAUAAACUCCAAAAUGAUGAUACAAAUCACACUCCAGAGAAAACUGCUGAAACUGAUUCCUCUUCAAAAUGUUUGAGAGAAAUGAUAGACAAAAAUUCUCUGUCUUCAAAAGAAAGCUUACUAAAAUCAAACCAGAUGUCUUGUCCAGAAAAAAAGCCCGAAAUAACUUUAUAUGUUAAGAAAUUAGCUGAAAAAUAUUUAGGAAAAUUACCUGCACCUUCAGUGUCUACAAAUUAUGAAAAUCAAGUAUCAUCUUCUAGUGACUAUAAAACACAUUUAUAUCAGAAGUCUGAACCUGAAUCUAAUAUUAUGGCAUUUCGAAAAGAAAGAGUUGCUUCUUUUACAGAAACAAAUAUGAGCAGUAAACUUAAGACCUUAGAAUUAAAUAAAAAAAAUUAUCUAGAAGAAUCUAUUCAGGGAGAUGAAAAUAAUAAAUUUUCAGAGCAGCUAGCUAGUAAAAGUAAUCAAGAAGGAAUAGAAUGUGACCCAUUUCAUGAGAGAAGUAUUGAUGUUGCUAGCUCUUUACAUGAAUUUGUUAAUGUAUGUGAAGCAGAAAGUUUAAAAGCAUUACCUAGGUUAUAUGUAGAAAGUGAUAAAAGUUUAGACCCUGAAAAAUAUUCUCAGUUUGAGAGUAAUGUAGAAAAUUCAUUUAUAAAUUCUUUUCCUGAACAGAUGCUUGAAAGUAUAGGUAAAACCUCCCCAAAGCCUCAUGUUUAUCAUGAAUUGAGUACAAUCCAGGAAAUGGAUUCGGCAUUAACUAACGAAGCACCAAAAGUUUCUCUAGACAGCAAUGAAAGUAUGCCUUCAGAAAAUGAUCAUCUUAGCAUCCAGAGCAAAGAAAAUGAUAAAAUUAGGAGAGAAUCAGCAGAAAUGAUAAAUACUGCAUGUGUUAGUUUGCUCAGUCCACCUUGUUCUGAACAGUUAAAGCUUGCUAAAGGUAUUCGCUUUGUUUCUGAUGCACCCAAAGAUGUUCAAUCAGUUCUUGAAUUACCUGAAAAAGUGCUAGCUGUUAAUAUAACUCCAGUUUCUUCAGAAAAUAAUGUAAUAUGUGAAAUUAAAAGCAAACCUAGAUUUUCAGGAACUGCACCAUCCUCACCAAUCUCUACAGAAACUAAUGUAUUAAGCAGCUCAAAAUGUGUGUCCAGCCCUAAUGGAAGUCAUGCAGGGCUUCUAACUAGUGAAGAUGACAAGUCUGUUUCAGAGUUUAAUCAAGAAAGGAAAGAAAAUUAUUAUGGAUUUGAAAAUUAUCCACAUCUUUCAGAUACUUCAUCUUUUAAAGGAUAUUGGCAGCCAAAUGAAUAUUUCAGUCAUGAGAACAAAAUUGAUGAUCAGUGUGGUCAACCAAUGUUUACUGAACAUUCCGAGUUAUUUAAUGCAACAGAUGAGAAGUUCAAAAUUUUGACACCUCAUUCAAAUGUAUCAAGCCCAGAGGCUACAUGUAAUCAAGAUUUGAAACUUCCUUCUACAUGUAUACUAGAUUUAAAGGAAAAUAAAAUUCCAUAUGGUUCAAUAGUUGGUAAAUAUUCUACCUCUGGUUUCAUGCCAAUGACACCACAGUCUAACAUUUCCACUCCUAAUUCUGCUAGUGCCUUUGAAAUGUCAGUGCUUAAGAGUCCAGUAGAUAACUGUAAUCAGAAUACUAAAUUUCAGAAACCUAAUACUGAAACAGUUAAUUUUUCAGAAACUAACAAUCUUAUGCCAUCCAGUUCUCCAUUAAUUGUUCCUUCCAAUUUGUAUAAUGUGAACAAAGAUUUGGUAUAUAACAAUACAAGCAGUUUAAGACCUGUUACUCUCACAUUUGAUAUUUGCCUAAAUAAUCAAAAAGGUUCUUCCGAACAUGCAAAGAUUAUUUCACCGUCAAAAAUAAAAUGUCACCUUGAUAUGAAAUCUACUCAUAUUUCAUCAAAGCAUAUGCAUGCUCAUGACAUGGUUCAGGAACAUGAGAAUUCCAACAGAACCAUACAUACAGGAAAUCAUUUUGAUAAAUACAAAAGCAGUAGAUCACCGAUGGAGUAUAAACAUUUCUCAAGUGAAUCAGCACAGUGUAGUGGCUCAGGAUUCUUUGUCCCAACAUUGUGUCUAACAGAUUUUUCUUCUUUUGAAAGUCUGAAAGAUAGUAAUGUUCCUCAGGUGCAAACAAAUUUAAUUCAAAGUGUAAAAGCAGAAGGAGUGAUUGCAAAGUCUUAUGAUAAAGGAAAGAGUAGUAAACAAGAAAUUACUACACAGAUGAGUGAUAAGAAAGUUUCUGAUUUAAAAGGUGCCUCAUCUAAUAGUACUUCUAUUGAAAGUUUGUCUGAGAUGUUUACUGCAUCAAAAAUUGCUUUUCAGUCAACACCUAUCAAGAGUUUGGAAGAAAUAAUCAAGGAACCUGGAAUCAUGGAAGAACCUGAUUUGACGCUCAUUAAUUCACAGUUCAGUGUUGCACUAGAUUCAAUAGAAAAACCCCGAGCUCUUUCAGACCUGUGCAGCUCAAAUUCUGCUAAAUAUACUGACCCAAUUGAUGAUGUAGAAGAAAUGACCCUGCAUUUGACUGAAAGUAGAGAUAAAGCUUUGAAGACACAAAUUCCAGGAGCAGAUGGAGAAUCCUUAUGCGUUAAAGAGAAUCCUUAUGCAGAUUCUCCUUCAAUGGUUUCAUUUUUACAGCAUGAGAUGAGUUGUCUAGAAGCUUCUUGUGAGAAAAAAGUUUUCAUACCAGAACCUGUAGAAAUGACUUGCAAGAACAAUGAAUCACCUCUCAAAAUCCCAGUGACUAUGACAACACAAAGUGAAGGAAUGACUCCCAUAAGCAAGCCAAUGCAUUUUAAAACUACAGCUAAUGUACAGUUUCGAAGGUGUCCUGUAGCUAAUUAUAAAAAGAAUACAAAAAGAUUAUGGAAUAAUCUUGAAGAAGUUAAAAAGAAGAAAGAAGCUGAAGAGAAAAGGAAACUUAUGGCUGCUAAUCGUUUAAAAGUGAAAGAAUUUGCCAAGAAAAUAACGCCAAAAAAGAAAUAACUGAGCAAAAUUACUGUGAGAAUAAUUCUUUGUUGUGCUGCAUUUAUGUAAAAUGGGGAAAGCUGAAAUUUAUGAAAAAUGUAAAAUAAUUACUGUAUUCAAAAGUCAAGUGAUAUAUGUUGUUGUAUAUAAAACAAAUUUUAUAAUAAUAUAUAUAUGCAAUGUUUGAUUUAUAACUUUUUUAUAAGAACA